AUGCUCAAGGGUGACACCCAGGAGAUGGGCAAGAUGUUUGAGCGCACCAUGCUGUCCAAGUACGGCCCCUCGGCCCUGGCCGAGCACUUCAUGCUUAUGGACACCAUCUGUGACGCCACACAGGAGCGGCAAGACGCGUUGUACGAGAUCACCGACGACAAAUCCAUCGACUUGAUGAUUGUGGUCGGCGGCUUCAACAGCAGCAACACCAGCCACCUGCAGGAAAUCGCGGAGCACAAGGGCAUCCCCUCCUUCUGGGUGGACUCCGCCGCGCGCAUCGACGUCGCCGGCAACAAGCUGCUGCACAAGACCGGCUGGGGGGAGCUCAAGGAGACCACAAACUGGCUGGGCGACGGCCCCGUCACCAUCGGGAUCACCAGCGGCGCGUCCACCCCUGACCGCGCCAUAGAGGAGGUGCUUGACAAGGUGUUCAGGAUCAAGGACCCCGCGUUCGCGGGCAUUGCGCCCAAGCAGUGCGCGGCAGUCGCGGUGCCCGAGGACGAGGAGGAGGAGUGA